UCCCAAAAACCCUAGCCGAUAUAUAGCAUCCCCAACGCUCUCUCGCCGCUCCGAGCAUUCGAGCUUUCUUUCUCGCCAUGGCGCCUACUGAGUCGGUGCAAUGCUUCGGCCGCAAAAAGACGGCAGUGGCGGUCACGUACUGCAAGCGCGGUCGAGGCCUGAUCAAGGUUAAUGGUGUUCCCAUUGAGCUCGUGAAGCCGGAGAUCUUGCGCUACAAGGCAUUCGAGCCGAUCCUCCUCCUCGGCCGCCAGCGCUUCAUGGACGUCGACAUGCGCAUCCGCGUCCGCGGCGGUGGCAAGACCUCCCAGAUCUACGCCAUCCGCCAGAGCAUCGCCAAGGCCCUUGUUGCCUUCUACCAGAAGUACGUCGAUGAGCAAUCGAAGAAGGAGAUUAGGGAUAUUCUCGCCAGGUAUGAUCGUACCCUUCUUGUUGCUGAUCCUCGCCGCUGCGAAACGAAGAAGUUUGGAGGGCGUGGUGCUCGUGCUCGUUUCCAGAAGUCCUAUCGUUAGAUCGGGUCCGGGUUUGUUUUCUUCCUCUUUGCUGUGUUUUCUGUGCCUUUUUAGAUGUUUAUUGUCUGGAACUGGAUUUAUGUUUCUCUGUCUUCAAUUAGAUGAAGAUUGUUGAGUUAAAUGUUGGAUUUUUUAUUCAUGCUUGUUGGUUUUUUCCCCCUGUUUUUGUGCUCUUUUCUCUGAAGAUGAAGAAAUGUUACGUUGGUUAGUUGCCAAUUUUAGCUUA